CAAAUUUCUCGCCGACGCAGGGUCCCACUUGACCGCAAAAUUUCUCCAUCUGAAGGAGAGAGGAGAGGAGACGGAGGGAGGGAGAUAGAGAGAUGGGGGAGGCAUCGCCGGAGUCCGGCGGCGCGGCCGCCGGAGGAGCGGCAGGUCCGGCGCCGCCGCAGAAGGGGAAGUCGUGCAAGGGCUGCCUCUACUACUCGUCGGUGCUCAAAUCCCGGGGCUACAACCCCAUCUGCGUUGGGAUCCCCCGCUCCAUCCCCCAAGUUCCGAGCUACGUUGUGGAUGAGACUAAGGAGGAGGCGAUGGCGCAGGGGCAUGAUCUGAGGCAGUUCAGGUACGGGUGCGCGGGUUACUCCAUGUUCGUGGAUAACAGGGACGGCCAGGGUGGCGAGAGCGAGGGCAAGACAUUGUUGCCGUAUUGUCGGGGGCUUGAGCUAUUGGUGGACAGCAGAUUGGUUGAGAGGAAACUGUCGACUGCUGAAAAAGGUCCAGCAUAUGUUUCAAAGGAUGCUGCCACCCGCUCUCACCAACAGGGACAACAGAGACCUACGGACUUGGCGAGACAGGAAUUCUUGGGGAGGUUUAAGAGGAGUUCUGGACUGGUUGCUUCAGGUGUUGCCAAGAAUCUAAACAAAACGGCCAAUUAUAUCAAGGAAUAUAUCGAGGACAUAGUCUACCCUGACCGUGGAUCACCGAAAUAGGAGCUGUGCUGUGAGCUCAUCUAUGUUCAGGUUGAGAGUCGAAGAAAAUGCUUCCUGCUGCAAACAAAAAGCCUACCUGACAGUUCAUUCAUAAUGUUACUGUCCGAGGAAGCAGCUCCAGUUCCAUUGACAAAAAUGGAUCCUUUCUGGGAUACGAAGUUGCUUUGCUGUACUUGCAUGACUUUGAAAUUUACGGCUGCAUAAUAAUUUGCUGCUUGGUUGAAGCAAGAA